AUGCCACCAACCAAAUUGAUAAUAGCCUACGUGCUCGACUGGGUCUUGAUCAUUUUCGUCACACCCUACCAUCGACCCUUCUCCCUCGUCGACCUCGCCAUCAGCUUUCCCUACGUCGAGCACGAUGAGGUAUCCACAGCACUACUCGUCGUUCUUUCUCUGGUCCUUCCUGCUGUGGUCAUAGCAGUUGUCACCGCACUAUUCGUGCCUGCCUUCUCAAGCUCUCGGCUGCGCGAUCAACGAUACUGGACUCGCAAGCUUUGGGAAUUUAAUGCUGGAUGGAUGGGACUGGGUCUCAGCUUCGCUCUUGCCUUCUUCAUAACCUCGGGAAUCAAAAACCUCAUCGGCAAACCAAGACCGGAUUUGUUGGCUAGAUGCCAACCUGAUCUUAACGAUAUCGCUGCUCACGUGGUUGGCGGUUACGGCCAAGAUAUCUCGCAAAGGUGGACAUUGGUCAGCUCCUCCAUCUGCACACAGACGGAUACAAAACUCUUGAACGAAGGCUUCCGCAGUUUUCUCAGUGGUCAUUCAUCUAUGAGUUGGUCUGGCCUGCUCUAUCUAUCUCUCUGGCUUGCAAGCAAAUUCAAUAUGCUCAUUCCCUACCUCGGCCACUCCGCACCAAAACGCAACGACGAAGACGACACCGAGCAAGACUCCAGAGACCGCGCCGCUGCACCCCCAGUCUUUGGCGCUAUUAUCGUGCUCAUCCCCAUCUGUCUCGCUUUCUGGAUCUGCUCCACCCGCUACGUAGACUUCAAACACCAAGGCAUUGAUAUCUUCUCUGGCUCCGUGUUAGGAAUCAUCACCUCAUGGGUCGGAUUCCGUUGGUAUCAUGGAAGUCUUACCAGAGGACAACCCUGGACAUGGAGUCCGAGGUCUAAAGACCGUGCUUUUGCAGUUUCGAGUGGAACGAAUGGGUGGAUUGAUGAGGGGAUCUUGAUGAGGGAGAGACAUCAGAGGACUGUUGAUUAUGAUGUCGAUGUUGAGGCUGGAAGUUCGACUGCUCCGAUUGCUAAGUAA